UCCCUAUAUCCCCAUGACCCUCAUGUCCCAUAUCCCUAUCUCCCCAUGUCUUAUGUCCCUAUAUCCCCAUGACCCUCAUGUUCCAUAUCCCUAUCUCCCCAUGUCUUAUGUCCCUAUAUCCCCAUGACCCUCAUGUUCCAUAUCCCUAUCUCCCCAUGUCCUAAGUCCCUAUAUCCCCAUGACCCUCAUGUUCCAUAUCCCUAUCUCCCCAUGUCUUAUGUCCCUAUAUCCCCAUGACCCUCAUGUCCCAUAUCCCUAUCUCCCCAUGUCUUAUGUCCCUAUAUCCCCAUGACCCUCAUGUCCCAUAUCCUUAUCUCCCCAUGUCCCUAUAUCCCCAUGUCCCCACGAUGCCUUUUCCUUACCAGGGAUCUUAUCACACCCAGAAUUGGGGUUUCCCAGGAAAGUUCGUUUCCGUUUCGCAACCUCGACAAGUGGGAUCUGCCAGCAACCGGUGACGUCACGAGCAGUCCUGGUUUCUCAUUGGUGGGUGGCUCGGGGCAGAGCCAAUAGCGGAGCAGGAGGGUGCUGCUGGUGCCCAAGCUCUGGGCUCUGGGCUCAGUGCUCAGCGGAGGAGCGCGAUGGGGCCAGGCUCUGCCGUGGGGCUCCUGCUGCUCUGCGGCCUCGGAGGGGGGGCGAGAGUGCUCCAUUCCAUGCGGUACUUGUCUAUUGCUGUGUCAGACCCCAGCCCAGGGGUUCCCCGGUUCCAGGCAAUGGGAUAUGUGGAUAGGAACCUCUUCGUGCACUGCAGCAGCGAGAGCAAGCGAUGUCAGCCCCGGACACAGUGGAUUGAGGACAAUGUGGGUCAGGAAUACUGGGAUAGAGUGAAUUUGAUUGCACAGACAAUCCAGCAGUUGUCCUACGAUGGCCUCAACACUCUGCGGGAUCUCUACAACCAGAGCGGGGGGGAUCACACACUACAGUGCAUGUCUGGCUGUGACCUCCUGGACGAUGGGAGCACCAAGGGGUACACUAAGGUCGCCUAUGAUGGGAAGGACUUCAUUGCCUUCGACAAGGACACCAUGACCUUCAUCCCAGCGGUUCCAGAGGCAGAGAUCGCCAAGAGGAAGUGGGAACAGGAUGGGAGGGGAGAUGAGGACUGGAACAACUACCUGGAGAACAGCUGUGUGGAGUGGCUGAAGAAAUACUUGAGCUAUGGGCGGCUGGAGCUGGAGAGGAGAGUGUCCCCCACGGUGCGAGUGUCAGGGAAGGAGCAGGAGGACGGGAUCCUGACCUUGACCUGCCGCGCUCACGGCUUCUACCCGCGGCCCAUCGUGCUCAGCUGGCUCAAGGACGGCGAGGUGCGGGACCAGGACACCCAAUGGGGCGGCCUCGCCCCCAACAGCGACGGCACCUACUACACGUGGGCCUCCAUCGAGGCCCACCCCGGCGACAAGGACAGGUUCCGGUGCCGGGUGGAACACGCCAGCCUCCUCCAACCCGGCCUCUAUGCUCUGGAGCCGCACUCUGACCUGCUCAGCAUCCUGCUGCCGGUGGCUGCCGUGGUGCUCGUGGCCAUCACCAUCAUCGGGGUGCUCCUCUGGAAGCUCAGAGCGGGGCUGCUGAUGGCUCUGCCUCUCUGCAGGGAAGAACAGGGAUGGCAACAGCGCGACCCCAGGCAUGGCCAUGGGCUCUGCCAGCUCAGCACCAGGUACGAGCUGGCACCAGGGGGUACGGAUGGGGUGGCCCCAGCUCCUGCAUGGAGCCUCCAUGGGAUGCAGGGGGAUACCGAGCCCCCCCCCAGAGCUCUGUGGGCACAGGGAGGUAGCCCUGGGUGUCUCUUCCUCUCCUCCCUGCAGAGCUUCCUACUUAACUCCUGCAUGGGCUGGAUGAGCUGCAACCGGAGGCUUCUUCUUGCUGCUGCCCCUCUUCUUUGUGCUGCUGCUUCACCGAGUGCUGCUGGGAAUGAGCAGGGAUUGAACCUGGAGCUUCUCCUGCCCCAUAAAUGCUGAUCCCUCUGGC